UCUACUUUGUUCUUUUAACAUUUUUUCAAAGCUGAACCUUAACCUGUUGCUAUCUUCUUCCGCUGCGGCUAGGGUUAUAGCGCGAUUUCUUCUCCUUCUUAAGUAUGACAGAACCACCUUUUGUUCCAAGAGAGAAGAUCCUUGAGAAGCAACGAUUUUUCCAGCAGGUCCAUAAACACACGUACCUGAAAGGACGAAUGGACAAGAUCACCUCGGUUGCCAUUCCUGCUGCUCUGGCGGCUGCUUCUGUAGCUCUUAUUGCACAAGGGAUCUAUAAUAUGGCUCAUGGGAUUGGAAAGAAAGAAUGAAGAGGCGAAAUCUGUUAGAUUAUGUCCUCUAUAUGAUCGGCAGCUAAAAUUUCAAAGAAUUGACUAGAGUUGUUUGUUGAAGUAUAUUGUUUCGUACCUCUAAUAAAUGCUUAGUUGCAAACCUGUGACAACCAAUGGAAAGUUGAAACUUCUUUGUUGACGAUCUGCUUCUUUGUUUGUUUAGUUUUUAUAUCGAGCCCUUUGAAUCUUCCACUUCA